AUGAAUACAUUUGAAAAAGCACCUAUAGUUAUAUUUGAUUAUGAAGAUCUUAAAAACAGAGAAUCAAUUUUAUACGAAAAAAUUGAUAAAGCUUUUGGACCUCAUGGGAUUGGUCUUUGCCUUGUAUCAAACGUACCAGACUACGAAAAAUAUCGUACUGCCUUACUUCCAUAAGCUAAUAUACUUGCAAAUUUACCAAAAGAAGAGUUAGAUAAAUUAACGAAACCUGAAAUGUAUUAUUUUUCUGGUUGGAGUCAUGGAAAAGAGCAAUUUAAGGGAAGAAUAGAUUAUACUAAAGGAAGUUACUAUGCAUUCGUGCGCGAAGAUGAACCUAUAAAGGAGCUUUUAGAAGAUACAAAAAAAUAAGGAGGAGUAAUAGUACGAAAUGUAUGGCCUUAAAAUAAUAUAAUAGAAAACUUUGAAAAAAACUUUAAAAAUUUGGGUAAUUUAAUGUGUGAUGUUGGAAGUUUGUUAGGUUAUCAUUUAGAUAAAUACAUUAAACAUAAGUAACCAAAUUACAUAGAUGGUACAAUAGAAAAAAUUAUAAAGGAAGGGAAUCAACAUGUUGGUCGUUUGUUACAUUAUUUUUCUUGUAAAGAAAAGAAAACGAUUCAAGAUGAUUGGUGUGGCUGGCAUAAUGAUUUUUCUGUUGUAACUGGAUUAGCAUCGGCUAUGUAUUUUGAUGAAAAAGGUAAUUUAUUACCUAAUUAUGAUGUCGAAAAUGACGGUGGUUUAUUUGUUAAAAAUAGAUUUUCUGAAUAAUAAAAAGCUUUUAUACCUAAUAAUUGCUUGGGUUUUUAAAUUGGAGAAGUUGUUUAAAUAUUAUCAGGAGGUAUUUUAGAAGCAACACCUCAUUGUGUUGUUAGAGGAGAGAAUUCUGUUUAAGAUGGAGCUUGCAGAAAUAAUUAUGUAUGCUUUAUUAGUCCGAAUUAAGAGUUUUAGAUGAAAGUACCAGAUGAAUCUUUAAUUGAUAAAGUAGCAAAUAUGGAAGGUUAUUAUGUUAGUAAACUAAAAGACAGAUGGAAAAACAAUAUGCCUUAUGGAAUAUUUAGUAGCAAUUCAUCAAAAUCAAUUAGAUAUUGA